CAUCAAUCAAAGCAAAGAGGGCCCUGCCCAUUCAGUCGUCUAAAUUCCAAACACCGUUUGGGCGAUCCCAGACAAAUAGACUUACUUACUCCUGCAACUAAGGAUUAACCAGCAGAAGAGGACUUCAAGCCAAGCCGAGCCCAGCAGAGACCGAGGGACAAAGCGACCGAUUUAGAGACCCAGAUUCAUUAUGGGCCAGACGCUGUCGGAGCCGGUGACCACGAAGGACUCGGCCUGCUGUGGGAAUGCUGCGUACCGCGUGGGGUCCAGUUGCAUGCAGGGAUGGCGCGUGGAGAUGGAGGAUGCCCACACCCACAUUCUGGCCCUGCCGGAGGAUCCGCAGGCGGCCUUCUUCGCCGUCUACGAUGGCCAUGGUGGAGCGGCGGUGGCCAAGUUCGCGGGCAAGCACCUGCACAAGUUCGUGACCAAGAGGCCCGAGUACAGGGACAACGGCGUGGAGAUGGCCUUAAAGAGGGCCUUCCUCGACUUCGACCGCGAGAUGCUGCACAACGGGUCCUUUGGGGAGCAAAGCGCAGGAUCCACGGCCGUGGUGGUGCUCAUCCGCGAGCGGCGCCUGUACUGCGCCAAUGCUGGCGACUCGCGGGCCAUAGCCUGCGUUUCCGGCAUGGUUCAGGCCCUGUCCGUGGACCACAAGCCCAACGAUGAGGCGGAGACCAAGCGCAUUCUGGCCGGCGGCGGUUGGGUGGAGUUCAACCGGGUCAACGGCAACCUGGCCCUCUCCCGCGCCCUCGGCGACUUCAUCUACAAGAAGAACUCGCAGAAGGGUCCCGAGGAUCAGAUCGUGACGGCCAAUCCGGACGUGGAGGUCCGUGACAUCACCGACGACUGGGAGUUCGUGCUCCUUGCCUGCGACGGCAUUUGGGAUGUGAUGACCAGCUCUGAGGUCUGUCAGUUUGUGCGCAGGCGCAUUGGCGACGGCCUCGAACCGGAGGCCAUCUGCGAGGAGCUGAUGAACAACUGCCUGGCUCCGGACGGCCACACGAGCGGCCUGGGAGGCGACAAUAUGACCGUGAUCCUGGUGUGCCUGCUGCACAACCAGAGCUACGAGGAUCUGGUGGUGCGCUGCGGGGGCAAGCGGAAGACCCCCGUGGAGACCGUGGGCGACAUCAAGGAGCAGCCGGUCCUGAAGGUGGUCACUCCCUUUUCCCAGGGAUCUCCGGGCACCUCCGCCUCGCGACUGGGCCUGGGCUUCGGCCUUCGCGAAAGCGAAUCCCCGAAGAAGAAAUCCUAACCGCACCGCAUCUGUUUUGUUUUUCUGUUCUGCGUUUUCCGUUCCUCGUUGUUUGGCCCUCGCAAUUAAUCGCUUGCUUCGGGCCAUCGUACUAGUGAUCCUCACACUGAUGGCACCACAAAAUUUACAGUCGGAUAUGUUGUUUUCGAAUCUUUUCCACCGCUUUGGCAUCUAAAAUGUAUUGUUAUGUUCCAAUAAAAAAACACCCAUA